CAUAACAGGAUUGGGAACCUCCACACUGCUGCGUUGGUCAGCAUCGAUGGAUCUAUUGAAAGUUAUUGCGUUCCCGAUUUCGAUUCACCUUCGGUGUUUGCGAGAAUCCUCGACAAGGACAAAGGCGGUCAUUUUUCCAUAACACCCACCGUCGCUUUUUCGACGAAGCAGAAUUACCUUCCUAGCUCGAAUAUUCUACAAACCAAAUUUUUGAACGAGAAAGGCGUAGUCAGUGUCACAGAUUUCUUGCCUCGCCAAGCUCGAGGAACCGCAGCUAGCAAUAAACCCUUACUUCAUUGGCUGGUUCGGCGAGUCGAGGUCAUCAGGGGAAGAAUGCCUAUCCUUGUGCAAUGCGCCCCGGCCUUCAACUAUGCUCGCUCGAGCCACACAACAACUAUAGUAGAAGAUAGCUCCUCAUCCGUAUCCCAACAACAGAAAGCUGUCUUCGUGUCUGACGCACUCACCCUUGACCUCCGUUGUGUCACGGAUAGUCUCUUGGAGAACGUUCAACCGCCAGAGGUCAACUUCCAGCUGCUGGACCUUUCGACCAAGGGUCACAAAGGACCUGCAGUCUCAGCGGAAAUGACUCUCCAUGAAGGUCAAGUUGUCACAUUUGUGUUGCGUAGCCCUCCUACCGAAGAAGUGGAACAAGAAGCUGAUCCCUUAGCUGCCGGAAUCAACACAACCAAGUCUCGUCCCUCCAAUGAUCCCUAUAUGACGAAGGCAAGCCUGUUACUUGCACACUCAUGCCAUUCAACUAACAAAUAUUGGAAUGACUGGAUUCGUAAUAGCCACUAUUCAGGCUCAUGGAAGGAAGCUGUCCAUCGCAGCGCUUUAGCGUUGAAGCUUCUAAUAUAUGAGCCUACUGGAGCAGUUGUGGCGAGCCCGACAUUCAGUCUUCCGGAGUACAUCGGCGGGACGAGAAACUGGGAUUACCGAGCGUCGUGGAUACGUGAUUCGUCGUUCACGUUAUAUGCACUUGUUCGGCUCGGUUUCACUCAUGAAGCAAAUGCAUACAUGGAAUUCAUCUUUGAACGCUUGAGAAACAAGAACUCCGACGGGAGCAUCCAAAUUAUGUAUACAAUUCAUGGCAAAAAAGACUUAGAAGAAAUAGAAUUGACACAUCUAGAUGGGCAUAAAGGAUCUAAACCUGUUCGGAUUGGAAAUGGAGCCGCGGACCACUUACAACUUGAUAUUUAUGGUGAACUGAUGGACUGUAUCUAUCUUGGACAAAAGUUCGGCAGACCAUUGUUGACUGUGAGUAUGAUGUUGCUACGCAAAUUAAGCUUCAUGCAAUUUCUGUGCCGGUGCAAAGAUGUGGUGGCCAAUUGGAGGCAGCCUGAUCUGUCCAUCUGGGAAGUCCGGAAUAAAAAAAGGCAGUUUACUGUACUAAAGGAUUUGAUAUGGGUUGACAUCAUGCCUUUUACCAUAGGCCUCCGUAUUGCUGACAAACGCUCUCUCCCAUGUCCCAAACGCAAUGAAUGGCUUGCCACUCGUGAUGAGAUCUAUGAAGAAAUCAUGGCUAAGGCUUGGAACAAAGAACACCAGCACUUUGGGCAAAGCUAUGAAGAAGCAGGCAUUUUGGAUUCGGCUGUGUUAAUUAUGCCUUUGGUGUUUUUCAUGCAGGCCUCGGAUCCGAGGUUCACUAAUACCUUGAAGCAAAUUCUGAAAACUCCAGAAAGAGGAGGACUGACGUCGAAUAAUCUCGUAUUCCGUUAUGAUGUGCACAAAGCAGAUGACGGCGUUGGCGGCGAGGAAGGCACAUUUGGUCUUUGCACACUGUGGUGUGUAGAAGCUCUAACGCGCGCAGGGAAAUAUGAUCGUGGCAUGCUUCACAAGGCCGUUUCCAUGUUUGAGGACUUCCUCUUAUAUCUCAAUCACGUUGGCCUCUGCACUGAAGAGAUCUCUGAAGCAGGAGAAGGGCUCGGAAACGCCGUGCAGGGAUUCACCCAUGUCACCUUAAUAUCUGCAGCCUAUAACCUCUCAAGGACUUUGGGAUAUGCAUAG